AUGAAGACCUGGGAGCCCCACCCCGUGUUCUCGGACUUCUUGCUGAAGGAGCCCACGGAGCCCAGGUUCAAGGGGCUGCGGCUGGAUCUGGCCGUGGACAAGAUGGUCACGUGCAUCGCCGUGGGGCUGCCCCUGCUGCUCAUCUCGCUGGCCUUUGCGCAGGAGAUCUCCAUCGGUACACAAAUAAGCUGUUUCUCCCCAACUUCAUUCUCCUGGCGCCAGGCCUCCUUCGUGGACUCGUACUGCUGGGCCGCCGUCCAGCAGAAGGACGCCCUGCAGAGCGACUCUGGACGCCUCCCGCUGUGGCUGCACAAGUUUUUCCCCUACAUCCUGUUACUACUUGCGAUCCUCCUGUACCUGCCCUCGCUGUUCUGGCGUUUCGAAGCUGCUCCUCAUCUUUGCUCAGAUCUGAAGUUCAUCAUGGAAGAACUUGACAAAGUUUACAACCGUGCAAUUAAAGCUGCCAAGAGCGUCCGUGACCUCGACAUGCGAGACGGCGCCUGCUCAGUCACAGCUGCUCACGAGAACGUGGGGCAAAGUUUAUGGGAGAUAUCUGAAAGCCACUUCAAGUACCCAAUUGUGGAGCAGUACUUAAAGACAAAGAAAAACUCUUAUAAUUUAAUAGUCAAGUAUCUCACCUGCCGGGUGCUGACACUCAUGAUUAUCGUUUUGGCGUGUGCCUACCUGGGCUAUUACUUCAGCCUCUCCUCCCUGUCGGACGAGUUCGUCUGCAGCAUCAAGUCUGGGAUCCUGAAGAACGACAGCUCUGUUCCCGACCGUUUCCAGUGCAAGCUCAUCGCCGUGGGCAUCUUCCAGCUUCUCAGCUUGAUUAACAUGGUGGUCUUUGCCCUGCUGGCCCCUGUCGUCGUCUACACGCUGCUCGUUCCGUUCCGACAGAAGACGGAUGUUCUCAAGGUGUAUGAGAUCUUGCCUACGUUUGAUGUGCUGCAUUUCAAGUCUGACGGGUACAACGACUUGAGCCUCUACAAUCUUUUCCUGGAAGAGAAUAUCAACGAGCUCAAGUCAUACAAAUGCCUGAAGAUACUAGAGAAUAUCAAAAGCAACUGUCAGGGAAUCGACCCGAUGCUUCUGUUGACGAACCUUGGCAUGAUCAAGAUGGACGCUGUGGAUGGCAAAAUGGCCAAGCUGGCUCCAGACACGGCGGUCGAGGAGCGGGGGAACCAGCUGGCUGAGCUCCAAGAUCUGAACCUACACAGUGGAACGAAUGCAAACCACGGAGAGAACGUCCGACAGAGACUCGUGGAUUCUUCUUGCUGAUUUGCGUUUUUUCCCUUGCGCUUUAGACCUGUGACUCCUGUGGCGUGCGACCCAUCUUUUCUGAAGCCCCUCAGCCAGGCUCACAGUGGUCUGCAGCAAGCGGUUCUAGGUGGAGACAUUGGCUCUGUCUUACACUCACGGGUCGCUGAUGAAAAUGGUGGUCAAAAGAAUGUCCUGAAAAACAGUUCAUCGGCUCCCCACAAGCAGCAAGUCAGAGAUAAACAAACCACACAGAGAGCGAGAUGGGAAAGGGACAAUGGAAGGAGUCAACCAAACCAGCGAGCCAUAAGCCUCAGAGAGGUAUCCAGUUGAUGGGGACGAAACCCAGAGCUGUUAGAAAGCAGGACCGUAAAGUGUGCUUCCUUUGUUUUAUUUUAUGAAACAAUAAUAAACAUAUAAGAAUGUGCUUACAUA